AUGCGUAGGUACUGCCAGUGCUUCGCGGGCCAGCUGGUCUGCUCCGACGCCUGCAGGUGCGAGAACUGCUACAACUCCGCGGAGCACGGCGUGGAGCGGCGAGCCGCCGUCCGGGAGCUUCUCUGCCGCAGCCCUCACGCCUUCGACGCCAAGUUUAAGACGGAGAAGGUGCUAGCGACGAGCGGGGGCACCGCAACUGCGAGCGCGUUGGUCCACAACACGGGUUGCGGGUGCAGCAAGUCGGCCUGCCUGAAGCGGUACUGCGAGUGUUUCAACGGCGGCAUCGCGUGCUCGAACAAGUGUCGGUGCAAGGACUGCAAGAACACCGCCAAGGCGGUGGGCGCCCGCGCUCGGGCGAAGAUGAUGGCCGCCAAGUCUUCGUGCGGCGCAAUGAUCGCGGCGGACGGGCGAGGCGUAAUCGCCGCCGGCGGGGGAGGAGGAGGAGGGACGGAGAGCCGGACGCGGGGCGGCAUCCCCGGCCGCCAUGGCGUGAAGGCCGGGGCUACCACCACAGUGGCGGCGGCGGCGGCGGCCGCGGCGUGGGAGGGGGGAGGUGCGAAGCACGACGGCAGGGGGGGUGUCGUCGAUGUCGGGGGGGGCGGCGGGGCCUCGUGCCUUCGACAAGGAAGCGGCGAGAACGUCAGCGACUGCUCUGCUGCCUGUGCUCUUGAUCCCCUCCAGGCGGCCAAGGUUUCCCGGUCCCCUCUGGGCGUGCUCGCCGGCGGGAUCGCGGGCGGCGGCAGUGGCGGCGGUGAGAACUCGACGGACUCCAACCGCGGGGCCACGCGCACGUGAGGCAGAUUGCCUUCCGCACGCACGCCUGGUUGUCUUGGGCGCCAAUGAUGGUGCACAUAGUUGAGGUAGGCACCGUUAGAACUGUCAUCCCGCGCCGGAAUGUACGCACACUUGGAACUGGCGCGCGCGGGGGGGGGGGCUUGACGCGUGUUGCAGCCACCGCCACUCCCCCUUGCGAUUGUGCGCGAUGCCCUCGCACUUGAUAGCAGCAUCGCCCUAUAGCCCGAGGGGGGGGAUAGAAGCCUGGCACGUCGUGUGUUCUCGAUACUUUGAUUGAGCAGGUAUUUGGCAAGGGGUGAGUGGCACGAGUUUGACGGGAUGCUGCUGCUCAACGACAAGAUAAACACACCCACACAAAAAAAGUGUAGUCUUGGGGGUGAUAUAUAGAUAGUAUUUGGCGCCGGCGCAUUAGUGGGUGCCUGCUUUCUUGCAAGGCAAGGCUCUUGCAGUACAAGAAGCAGGGUCUCCGUACCCGCUGCUGCUCAUUCGAUAAUCUACUUUUAGCCGAGGUGUUGUUGGGACCUUUCGCGCGCGCCUUUCCUCUCCGCCGCAAAUCCCUCCUGUUGUUUUACACGCGCGCAUAUGCGUGCGGCCGCUGAUUUUCGACCAGUUUUUGUCGGCACUGUGUUUUUGGUACGGGAUCUGAAAGUGGGACAGGGUCGUAGAGGCUAAGAUCGUAUGUUCUGUAGCGUGGCGGUGGCUAUUGGAGGGAUAUCGGGCUACGACGGCCCGACGAUCGCAAUGUCGGUGUAGUGCACCAGUGAGAUUGAUUCUCUAUCCUACCGAUUGCAUAAUGGUGCCUCUUCUCUUGGACGAAGUAGGCGCUCUGCCGCGUCGUGCGGUAUGCGGGGCGAGACUUGGUUAAUGGACAUUUUUUGGACUGCUAGAGAAGAGCGAAUUUUGUUGGUUGCUUCGGAGGUGUUCUAGACGGGGUGACACGCUCGGCACGACCACUCGGCUGCAUCGCACUGCGGCUUCUCGUGUCGAGUAAUCUAGUUCCGAUCGGUCUACUCGUCGCGGCCACGUCCCUUCUGUCUUAUAGGCGCUACGGUUGUAUCUAACCCGUCAGGGGGAUAGCCUAGGUAUUGGUUCCAUGGGGGAGGGGUAAACGCUUGAUAACCGUCCGGCCAGAGAGAGUUACCAACAACAAGCGGUCAUCCGUCCGUUGUUUUCGAGGGAUGCCCUCCGAUGGGGCUGCUGUGCCUCUUUUCUUCUCUCCGUGCCGUGCCCACCUUUUCCUUCUCGGCACUCGGGUUAUGUAUGGUAAAAGGUCUCCUCUGCCCUAACUAACAGGAGGAGUAUCAUACAUGGGAAUAAUUUUGUUUGGUGUCCAUUUUCCCUUGGGGAAUUUUCGGAGGGUGUAUGGCUACUGCUUGUUCCCUGUGUUGUACUAUUUCGGGGAAUGCACGCACUAGUCGAAAGGAGGCAUUAUUUCCCUCUUGUUGUGGUUGUUGACCAUACUUGGGGGGUGGGGACGUCGCGUAUUUGGCAUAGGAUAAGGGCCUUGCCCGGAGUGAGCUUUGCUUUGUACGCUAGUCUAGGCAGCGUGCGGUGGGCGGCGAGACGUCUUUCGCAUGUGAGCAAGAGCAACAACCCCAUGAUGCGGGGGGGGCAUACUGGGUGGUUGCUGUUAGCGUGGCUUCGAUUUUGUUUGCUUCUGGGCCUGCCUGAUUGUAUCUUUUUUUUCGUGUUUCGAGCCAUUUCAUCAACAUCGUAAUCAAGUUACUAGUCGACAAUCUUUGUUGCCGGUCUUUCUUGUUGCCUACACAGGACUCCCUGCUAAAGACGCACGCUGUUGUGGUUGUUCGCCUGAACCAGGUGGGGUUUUGGGCUGCUUUUUUUUGGGGGGGGGUGGGGGGGCCUUCUUUGAGAACCCUUGCAUGCGGCGUGCAAGAGAGGAUGUUUUCUUUUUGUAGCGCAGCCGAGUGUACCGAGUAUUUUGCACAUCAAGGUGGUAAAAUUGUUUCAUGUGCUGUGUGACGCCAGAUCAAUGUCUUUGGGGGAAGAAAGGCAAUGCCGUAGGUAUUCAUGCGGGGGUGGGUAGGUUGGCGAGCGGCGGUCAGCGAGCUGGAUGACAAGAAAGAGUGAGGGAUGUCCGUGUUGCGGUCUACAAUAAUAAUCUUCUUAAGCACACGGUACAGACGCUACAGCUAUCACGAUUUCCAGGCUCAAAAAGCCUGUGUGUAAAGGCAAAGCAGCAGCAACGCGAUACUACUGUUGGAGCUGUCGCUGCCGAACGAGUGUAGUGCAUUUGUUGUUCUUUCUUGUUGGUAUCGGGGUGGGGGGAUGCAGAGAGACAAAGAGGAGGCAGCUGUGGAAGCUGAAUUCCUUCUGUUUGAUCUUCGUUUGGUUCAUGAUGUGGUUCAUUUUAAGGGGGGAGGACGGUAGGAAGGUAGCUGCCAUUGCCUGCAUGCAGACCUAUUUUCCUGUCCACCGGUAAAGAUUGUCCUUGAUUUUUUCCUUCUUUUUUCAUGGGAGCUUGCCAUUGCUUUUGCUUUAACGUUUCUUUCGCGCCUACUACUGCACUUUUCUAGUACUAUUUAUCAUUCAUUCUGUUUUCUUACAUUUGUUAUGCCUUUCGUCUCACUUGCGUAUGUCACGGCCGUACCAUAGAGAACUAGCCAACAGAGUAGACUGAAGAGGUGCGAUAAUUGUACCACGUUAAUUUAUGCCACGAGCUGGGGUCAAGGGGUAGGUAGGGCUUAUCUGCUGGAUGCUGAAUCUCGCGGUGUUUUUGCUUCAUUUUCGAAAGCGCCACCAUCAGGUUGG